AUGGCGGCGCAGGGGAUCGCGGACGCCGUGCAGGCUUACACGGGCCUCUCGCCCGCGGCCGCCUUCACCGUGCUGGCUCUCAUGCUCGCCACCUACCUCAUCGUCUCCACCCUCUUCGUCGCCCCAGACGCAGCCCCUUCGGCACCGGCGGCUCAUCCCAAGCCGCCUCAGCAGCAGGAGGAGGGGACGGAGGCGGAGGCGGAGGCGGAGCCGGAGCCGUUCGUGCCGCCGUUUCCGGACCCUGUGCAGGUGGGCGAGAUCACGCUCGAGCAGCUCAGGGCCUAUGACGGCAAGGAUCCCGCCAAGUCCAUCCUCAUCGCCAUCCGCGGUCAGGUCUACGACGUCUCGCGCGGGAGGCUGUUUUAUGGACCUCAAGGACCAUACUCCUUGUUUGCUGGGAGGGAUGCAUCUCGGGCCCUGGCAUUGAUGUCAUUUGACCUUAAUGACCUGACUGGAGACUUGGAAGGCCUGAGCCCAGACGAACUGGAGGUUUUACAAGACUGGGAAGAGAAGUUUAAAGAGAGGUACCCUGUGGUGGGUCAUCUUCCUGGUGAAAACGGAACAGCUGGUGCCCAGCCUGAUCACGAGUGGAUAAGGGGGAGGAAUUUUGAGUAA